AUGUUCAAAAGACUAAAGGCUCGGAAGUCGUCUGUGAAGAGGAGCCCAGGUCUGGUCCACGAUGAGCCGCCAGAGAACUUGUACUGCCGACCUCACUUUCUGCACCAGGCUCCGGGAGAAACAAGCCUGGACCAAACGGUCAGACCGGUCGUAUUCCCUCCCAGAAACAAGAAGUUACCGUGGAGUACCGGCUAUGCGGAGGUUGUAAAUGCAGGCAAAAGUAUCUUCAAUGAAGAUCAAGCAACAUGUAAACAGCUCAUCCUCAAAAACAGAAUUAAUAUUGAUGAAGACUGGGUCUUUCUGUGCCCAAGUGAAGAACCACAAAACCAAGAGAUUAUGGCUACCUACUGGGGGUUAUUUGAUGGGCACAGUGGCCCUGUGGCUGCCAUCCAGGCAUCCAAACAUCUGCAUCACUGCAUCAAGGAACAACUGGAGGAAAUCUUUAAUGUAAUCAGCAAACCUUCAACAACCUCACCCCCAAUCCACCUCAUGGAACAGACAGGAAAGGAGAAUGAGAUGAGCUACUCAAGGGAGAAAGAGAUCUGUAUUGAGAAUGUAGUGAGAGGAGCAGUGGAGGUCGCUUUCAAAAAAUGUGAUGAACUGAUUGGCCAGUACCAGAUAUCGGAUAAUAAAACUGGAGGAUGUACUGUCCUCGUGGUUCUUCACUUGCAGGGCAAGCUCUAUGUGGCCAGUGCUGGAGACAGCAGAGCCAUUGCAGUGCAGAAGAAUGAUGUUAUCCCUCUCUCCAAUGAGUUCACAGCUGUCACUGAGAGGCAAAGGAUUCAACAUCUGGCAUUCCUUAAGCCUAAGUUACUAGGUGAAGAGUUUUCAAGGUAUGAGUUUCCUCGCAGAGUGAAAAGAAGUGACAUUGGAAAGAAGAUAUUGUACAGGGAUUACUUCAUGUCUGGCUGGGGAUAUAAGACUGCAGAAGAAGAUGACCUCAAAUACCCUCUUGUGCAUGGAGAUGGCAAACAGACUCGUGUGAUGGGGACUAUCGUGGUCACACGUGGACUGGGAGACCAUAAGUUAAAGGUUUAUGACACGGAUCUCUGCAUAAAACCAUUUCUAUCUUGCAUUCCUGAGGUGACAGUUUUUGAUCUAGGACAACAUGAAUUUGGACAGAAGGAUGCUCUGAUAAUGGCUACUGAUGGAUUAUGGGAUGUCAUGUCUAAUAAAGAUGUAGCAGACAUCACAGAGAAAUUUUUAGAUGAACGGAAACAGGACCCUAGCAGGUACACAAUGCUGGCCCAGUAUCUUGUACUUAAGGCAAGAGGUGUUCCACACAACAAUGACUGGAUUCUAGAAGAUGGCAGCUUUGCCUCACUUGAUGACAUAUCAGUGUUUGUGAUUCCACUCUGCCAUUUAGGAGGCACAGCACAGCCAUCGACGUGAGAUCUACGGCAUACUUGUGGGUGUUUCAAACUAACUUGAAGAAUGUUUGAGUAUCAUUGGAGUGAAAAGAAGGGAAGAAAUCCUUCAACCUUCACCUGUGUACUCAUUUCCACACAUCAAUCUGAUCUUGUUUAUAAUUAGCACCAUGGCUCAUGCACUGUUUUACUAGCUAAAGGUAAUGUCACAUCAGAGUAAAGGGGCAGAAGCUACUGGCAGUCGACAGCUUUACUUAUCUGGGCAGUACUCUAUCACGAGCGGUGAACAUAACUGCAGAGAUCAGCAACAGAAUUGCCAAAGCCAGUGCCGCCUUUGGGAGACUACGUGAGAAUGUAUGGGAGCGGAGAGGACUCAGCCUUACCACCAAGCUGAAGGUCUACCGAGCAGUGGUUCUCACCACCCUCCUCUAUGCCAGCGAGACCUGGACUGUCUACAGCAGACACGCUAAACAGCUCAACCACUUCCACUUGAGCUUCCUCCGCAGACUUCUCCACGUACGAUGGCAGGACAAAGUCCCAGACAUGGAGGUCCUGGAGCGGGCUAGCACCCACAGCGUCUACACCCUCCUACAGAAAGCCCAAGCCAGAUGGGCUGGCCAUGUCGUCAGGAUGUCUGACAGUCGACUACCAAAACAUCUGCUGUAUGGAGAGCUGAGCCAGGGCAGGCGCUCAGUUGGAGGGCAGAAGAAACGUUUCAAAGACUGUCUCAAAGUGUCCCUCAAAGACCUCAGCAUCAAUCCCAGUAGCUGGGAAUCGCUUGCUCUGGAACGCCCAACCUGGUGGAGCAGGACCACUAAAGGAGUGUAUGCAGCAGAAAUCAGACACACCACAGAGGCUCAGAGGAAACGCGUCACAUGCAAGGCUCAAGCUACCUCCACUUCCACUGCAGCACCUACCCUCAUGUGUCCCACAUGUAGACGAGCUUUCAGGGCCUGGAUUGGCCUCACCAGUUACCGCCGGACCCACAGUCACAAACCCUCCACCUGACAGAAGUCCUGGUCGUCUUUGACUCCGAAGGAUGAACAACUCAUUUGCUUUUUCUCAUAUCAACCUGAUCUGGUUUGUAAUUACCACCAUGGUUCAUCCACUGUUUUACUAGAUAAAGGUAAUGUGUACUGUUAGUAAUUCAGAAAUACACUUAUCUGUACAUCUCAUUCCAGCCUGGUUCAUCUUGUCUGUUCUCUCCCUAACUGCAAUAUAGUGAAUGGGUAAUGUGGAAAUGUUAAAUGGUACUGAUGGGAAUUGUUAAUAGGAACACUGCCUGAUGUUUUUUUAACCACUCUAACUCCCCACGUUAACUUGUAUCAGUGCCCUGUAAAGCAAUGGGACUUGAGGUUUACAGAGGCCAUUGUAGUUUACUGUUUCUGUUAUGCUGUCUCUGGAAAAGAAUAAAUAUGAUGCAGCAUUAUAUAAUCUAAUUUUGGAAUUUAGUGUACUAUUUAAUUUUGAUUAACAUGUUUGGGACAAGGUGGAAUAUGAAUACCUCUGCAACACUGCCCUGCGUGUGACGUUGGGCAGUGAAGCUCAUAAGAUUUAAAAGAAACACAGCCUUAUACAGGGGGCUGUGUCAUUUGUGGGCAGCGGAGUGAGCCGAGAACAAAGUGAAGGCUUAAAGGCUUUGGCUCAACGGGCUUAGGUGGGAACAGGUGAGGCAAGGUAGGUUUAGGUUUCAAUUUUUCCUGUUAUUUGAGGAAAGGGGGAAUUAUGAAUGUGAGGGCAGCUUGUUGUUCGUGGUGUCGGAUGUGGGAGGUCCUGGAGUCUCCUUGCCUCCCGGACGUCCACAUCUGCACCAGGUGCGUCGAGCUGCAGCUCCCAAGGGACCAUAUUAGGGAACUGGAGCGGCAGCUCGACGACCUUCGUCUGGUCAGGGAGAGUGAGGAGUUACAGGCAGGUGGUCACACCGGGGCCACAGGAGGCAGACAAGUGGGUGACGGUUAGGAGAAGGAAGGGGAAGAGUCAGUUACCAGAGAGUACCCCAGUGGCUGUACCCCUUGACAAUAAAUACUCCUGAGUGCUGUUGGGGGGUACAGCCUACCUACGGGGAAGCAACAGUGGCCAUGCCUCUGGCACAGACUCUGGCCCUGUAGCUCAGAAGGGUAGUGAAAGGAAGAGGAAAGCAGUAGUAAUAGGGGAUUCGAUAGUUAGGGGGUCAGGUAGGCAAUUCUGUGGACACAGUCAGGAGACCCAGAUGGUAGUUAGCCUCCCUGGUGCCAGGGUCCAGUGUUACGUACCCCAUAACUGGGUGCCUACUAAGUGCUGAUGUAGUUAUGGUUGUGUGUGUGUGUGUGUGUGUGUGUGUGUGUGUGUGUGUGUGUGUGUGUGUGUGUGUGUGUGUGUGUGUGUGUGUGUGUGUGUGUGUGUGUGUGAGUGAGUGAGUGAGUGAGUGAGUGAGUGAGUGAGUGAGUGAGAGUGAGUGAGUGAGUGAGAGAGAGAGAGCGAGCGAGAUGUAACAGCUACAGUCAGGCAAACCUUCCUUUGCUUUCUUAGUCCGUCAUAUCGGUGUGGUCAUUCAGUUAUGACCUCUCCGUCCUUCUGCUAGACUGUUCUUCUGUGGUGGACUCGUCACUCUGGCAUGAGUGGACACACACACACACAAGUCCCCACCGGCCCUGCUUUACACUGAUAGCCUUAAUGACCAACCUCCUGGUUCAGUCUUCGAAGCCCCCACCUUUCUUGUGGGUUCCAACACUCAAUCAGUGUCCACUGGCGUGUCUGGAGGGUGUCUCUCCAGACCUGUCUUUUUAUCCCUACUCACGGGGACUCAGCUAUCCAUCACUCCUGAAUGACUGUGUCCAUCAAAUAAGGUCACUCCUUCAGUCUACUGAGGAAUGUUUAUGAGCAAACUAUUGUCCUUGCAGCGAAACAGUAAAUAAUUCAAAAAAGGAGUCACAAUACGGUUAAUCAGCAAUUUCCCCCUCUCUCUUAUCUGUCGCCGAUGUUCUUGCUUGUUUUUCCGUCUCUCUUUCUCAUGGUCAGCAUAGUAACAGUAAUAGUUCGUGUUUCUCGGGGGGGCGGGGGAGAUUGUUAACUCUGUACCCCAUUGUCCAUCAGCUAUCCAUCACUCCUGAAUGACUGUGUCCAUCAAAUAAGGCCGCUCCUUCAGUCCACUGAGGAAUGUUUAUGAGCAAACUAUUGUCCUUGCAGCAAAGCAGUAAAUAUUUCAAAAAAGGAGUCGGCAAUCAGCAAUUUCCUCCUCUCUCUUAUCUGUUGCCGAUGUUCCUGCUUGUUUUUCCGUCUCUCUUUCUCAUGGUCAGCAUAGUAACAGUAAUAGUUUGUUUCUCGGGGGGGGGGGGGGGAAGAUUGUUAACUCUGUACCCCAUUGUCCAUCAGGUAUAUUCAUCACUCAUAACACCAGGAUGUUUCUGAUCGUGUCCAAGAUAUCCUGAAGUGGGAGGGUGAGGAGCCAGAGGUCGUGGUUCAUAUAGGUACCAAUGACAUAGGUAGGAAAAGGGAAGAAGUCCUGAAAGGAGAAUAUAGGGAGUUAAGAAGGACCACAAAAGGUAGUAAUCUCAGGAUUACUGCCUGUGCCACUCGACAGUGAAUAGGAAUGGAAUAAAGUGGAGGAUAAAUGUGUGGCUUAGGGAUUGGAGCAGGGGGCAGGGAUUUAAGUUUCUGGAUCAUUGGGACUGCUUUUGGGGCAGGUGUGACCUGUACAAAAAGGACGGGUUGCACUUGAAUCCUAGGGGGACCAAUAUCCUGGUGGGGAGAUUUGCUAAGGCUACUGGGGAGACUUUAAACAAGAAUGGUUGGUGGAUGGAAAUCAAAUUGAAGACACUAGGGUAGAGGAGGUUAGUUCACAAAUAGAGAAAGCUAGUAGACAGUGUGUGAGGAAGGAUAGGCAGCUGAAAGAGAAGGGGUAAAAAAGAUAAAUGUAAAAAGAAUCUUAAAGAAAUUAGACAAGCUAAGAUAUGAGAUUGAUUUUCGCCUUACUUGCCAAAUAAAUCCAAAGAGUUUCUGCAGUUAUAUUAAUACAAAAGGAUAGUGAGGGAUAAAAUUGGUCCCUUAGAGAAUCAGAGUGGACAGCUAUGUGUGGAGCCAAAAGAGAUGGGGGAGAUUUUGAACAAUUUCUUUUCUUUAGUAUUCACUAAGGAGAAGGAUAUUGAAUUGUGUAAGGUAAGGGAAACAAGUAAAGUAGUUAUGGAAACUAUGAUGAUUAAAGAGGAAGUACUGGUGCUUUAAAAUAAUAUAAAAGUGGAUAAGUCCUGACAGGAUAUUCCCUAGGACCUUGAGAAAUAGCAGGGGCUCUGACAGAAAUAUUACAAAUGUCAUUAGAAUCGAGGAUGGUGCCAGAGGAUUAGCGUAUUGCUCAUGUAGUUCCAUUGUUUAAAAAGGGUUAUAUGAGUAAACCUAGCCUGUCGGUUAUAGGCCUGUCAGUUUGACGUCAGUGGUGGGUAAAUUAAUGGAAAGUAUUCUUAGCUAUGGUAUAUAUAAUUAUCUAAUAGACAGGUCUGCUUAGGAAAAGUCAACAUGGACGUGUGCGGAAGGUCAUGUUUGACAAAUCUUCCUGAAUUUUUUGAAGAGGUUACUAGGAAAUUUGAUGAGGGUAAAGCAGUGGAUGUUGUCUAUAUGGACUUCAGUAAGGCCUUUGACAAGGUUCCACACGGAAAGUUAGUUGGGAAGGUUCGAUUGUUAGGUAUUAAUAUUGAAGUAGUAAAAUGGAUUCAACAGUGGCUGGAUGGGAGAUGCCAGAGAGUAGUGGUGGAUAACUGUUUGUCAGGUUGGAGGCCGGUGACUAGUGGUGUGCCUCAGGGAUCUGUACUGGGUCCAAUGUUGUUUGUCAUAUACAUUAAUGAUCUGGAUGAUGGGGUGGUAAAUUGGAUUAGUAAAUAUGCAGAUGGUACCAAGAUAGGUGGCGUUGUGGAUAAUGAAGUAGGUUUUCAAAGCUUGCAGAGAUUUAGACCAGUUAGAAGAGUGGGCUGAAAGAUGGCAGAUGCAGUUUAAUGCUGUUAAGUGUGAGGCGCUACAUUUUGGUAGGACUAAUCAAAAUAGGUCAUACAUGGUAAAUGGUAGGGCAUUGAAGAAUGCAGGAGAACAGUGAUCUAGGAAUAAUGGUGCAUAGUUCCCUGAAGGUGGAAUCUCAUGUGGAUAGGGUGGUGAAGAAAGCUUUUGGGAUGCUGGUCUUUAUAAAUCAGAGCAUUGAGUAUAGGAGUUGGGAUGUAAUGUUAAAAUUGUACAAGGCAUUGGUAAGGCCAAAUUUGGAGUAUUGUGUACAGUUCUGGUCACCGAAUUAUAGGAAAGGUAUCAACAAAAUAGAGAAAGUACAGCGAAGAUUUACUAGAAUGUUACCUGGGUUUCAGCACCUAAGUUACAGGGAAAGGCUGAACAAGUUAGGUCUUUAUUCUUUGGAGCGCAGAAGGUUGAGGGGGGGGGGGGGGGGACUUGAUAGAGGUAUUUAAAAUAAUGAGGGGGAUAGAUUGAGUUGACGUGGAUAGGCUUUUUCCAUUGAGUAGGGGAGAUUCAAACAAGAGGACAUGAGUUGAGAGCUGAGGGGCAAAUGUUUAGGGGGUAACAUGAGGGGGAACUUAUUUACUCAGAGUGGUAGCUGUGUGGAACGAGAUUCCAGUAGUAGAGGCAGGUUGAAUGUUGUCUUUAAAAAAAAAAUUGGAUAGGUAUAUCGACAGGAAAGGAAUGGAGGGUUCUGGGCUGAGUGCAGGUCGGUGUGACUAGGUGAGAGUAAGCGUUCGGCAAGGACUAGAAGGGGGGAGUUGGCCUGUUUCCGUGCUGUAAUUGUUAUAUGGUUAUAUUUUAUAACUUCUCUGCCAGGAGUGAGCCAGCUGUUCCAAAUAUACUUGUACCCAAAAUGUAUUAUUUGGCAUCAGUCUAAAGGAAUAAGCACAAAAGUGAGAUUCUCAGAGACUGUUUGGUUUUCCAUAAUUAGAUAAAGAAAAUUACUUUUCUAACUUAUUAUCUAGAUAAUCACAAAUUCUUAGACAGGCAUGCAUUAUACCUGAACAUAUCCAGCAUCAAGUAUAACAUUCUCCAUCAAUUUUACCAUAUUAACCACUGUCUGAAAUAGGAUCCACAGCGACAAGACAAAUAUUUCCAGUAAUGUGUUGUUUAUGUUCCUGCAGUUAACUUUAAAAUGAGUAGGUCAAUUAAUUUGGACCAGUUAGCCUCACAGUGGUAUAAUGUAAAAGAUGAAAGAAAAUUGAAGUAAAAUUAAAGAAUAAUCAAAAACAGUUGGCAUGAAUUUGAUUAGAGAGAGCAAUAUCAAACCAUGGUUUAAUUUUAAAGGUAACAAGGGUUGAAGGAUUAUUGCAAGGCAUUUAAUAAGGGCAGAAAAAAGCAGCACAACAAAAACCAUUUGUUCAAAUUAGUUCAAUAGCAGAAGGCAAUAGUGGUUGCAGUUGGAAGGCCAUUUAGUACUGAGACCUGCAGAACCCAACUUCUUGUCUUUCAUUGUAUGUACUACUCAUUUAGACUCGAACAAUUAAGGCCACAGAUUUUUACGAACAGUUUACAUUCCUGAGAGCAGUAGCUCAACUGUACCAAUGGGGUGUUCACUUGGCAGAGAGGUGGCUGUUAGUCUUGGAAAAGCCUGAUGUCAUGCAUUUUCAGGGAAAACGAGGCAAGGAGUAUUAAAUGGCAAGUGUGAACUGCUAAAGUAGAGGAUAUUAGUAUGUACUGCAAAUGAUUCCUGAUGAUGGGCUAGGAUAGCCCCUAUGGUGUAUAUUUCUGAUCUAUACCAGUGUAAAGUGCUUCUGUCCAUUUUGAAAUCUCUUAUGAGGAUGUGACCAGGCAUAUAGAUGAGGGUAGUGCAGUGGAUGUGAUCUACAUGGAUUUUAGUAAGGCAUUUGACAAGGUACCACACAGUAGGCUUAUUCAGAAAGUCAGAAGACAUGGGCUUGCCUGCAGAAACAGAGGAUCAUGGUGGAGGGAGUACAUUCAGAUUGGUUGUGACUAGUGGUGUCCCACAAGGAUCGGUUCUGGGACCUUUACUUUUCGUGAUUUUUAUUAAUGACCUGGAUGUGGGGGUAGAAGAGUGGAUUGGCAAGUUUGCAGACGACACAAAGGUUGGUGGUGUUGUAGAUAGUGUAGAGGAUUGUCAAAGAUUGCAGAGAGACAUUGAUAGAAUGCAGAAGUGGGCUAAGAAGUGGCAGGUGGAGUUCAAACUGGAAAAGUGUGAGGUGGUACACUUUGGAAGGACAAACUCCAAGGCAGAGUACAAAGUAAAUGGCAGGAUACUUGGUAGUGUGGAGGAGCAGAGGGAUCUGGGGGUACAUGUCCACAGAUCCCUGAAGGUUGCCUCACAGGUAGAUAGGGUAGUUAAGAAAGCUUAUGGAGUGUUAGCUUUCACAAGUUGUGGGACAGAGUUUAAGAGUCGCAGGGCAAUGAUGCAACUCUAUAAAACUCUAGUUAGGCCACACUUGGGGAGUACUGUGUCCAGUUCUGGUCGCCUCACUAUAGGAAGGAUGUGGAAGCAUUGGAAAGGGUACAGAGGAGAUUUACCAGGAUGCUGCAUUAUGAUCAGAGAUUAAGGAAGCUAGGACUUUACUCUUUGGAGAGGAGGAUGAGAAGAGACGAUAGAGUAUUCCAGGAUAUUAAGAGGACUAGAUAGAGUGGACAGCCAGCGCCUCUUCCCCAGGGCAUCACUGCUCAAUACAAAAGGACAUGGCUUUAUGGUAAGGGGUGUAAAGUUCAAGGGGGAUAUUAGAGGAAGGAUUUUUUUUAACCGAGUGUUUGGCGUGUGGAAUGUACUGCCCGAGUCAGUGGUGGAGGCAGAUACACAAGUGAAAUUUAAGAGACUACUAGACAGGUAUACGGAGGAAUUUACAGUGGAGGAUUAUAUGGGAGGCAGGGUUUAAGGGUCGGCACAUUGUGGGCUGAAGGGCCUGUACUAUGCUGUAUUGUUCUAUGUUUUAUAAAUAUGCACUUUGGAAAUGGAGUAAGUAAACUUUGAUUAAAGCUUGUCCAUGUGAUAAGGAGGUCCUGUACAGAUAAAAAAAAACAUUUUCUGAUAGCAUAACCACACAGGCAUCGAUAAAAAAACUCGUCAUGCUGUCAAAGAAGAAAUGUUGAAUGUCACAACAAAACAAAACAAAACAGCAGGCAUAUCCCAACCAGAUACAUAGGAAUAGUACAUAUCUUUGGUUCUGCUCAUUAAAAACAUAACUCAAAAGAGAAAAUUAAGACCACCCAUAUAAUUUUCAUUUAAAUUAUAUGGAUAGCAAGUUAAGGAAAGAUACAGGGCUACAGUACUAAACAUUGGUCUUCAAGGUUUCAAAGCAGAAAUCCAAAGGCAAUAUUGACCAAUAUUCCCAAAACCAAGCCAAAUCCGUAUCUUAAGAAAAAAAUCCCAUUAUGGCUCCAUGUCACAUUCUUUGUUUGAGAUAUGGGAAUUUUGCUAGACUGCCAACCUCCCAGUUAACUAUUUCUGCACCAGAUGCACCGAGCUGAAGCUCCCUCAGAGAGCAUGUUUAGGAAUUGCAGCUGUGCUUGAUUGAUCUUUGGCUCAUACAGGAAACUAACAGUAAUAGAUAGCAGCUACAAAAGGAUGGUCACCCCUAAGUUGCAGAAAUACCGGUGACUGUCAGGAGAGGUAAGGGGAAUAGGCAGCCAGUACAGAGUACCACUUUGGAUAAUGCUGGGGGUGGGGGGGCAGAGAAGAGAAACAACUUGCCAGGGAAUCUACAGUGACUGGGUCUCUGGUGCUGUGGCUCAGAAAGGAAGGGGGCAAGAAGAGGGCUGCAGCAGUGAUACAGAAUUCCAUAGAGACGAGAUUCUAUGGACAUGACAAACAUCCAAACACACUAUUGCCUCCCAGGAAUCAGGGUCAGGGUCUUCACAGAUCAGGCCCGUGGCAUUCAAAAAUGGAGAAGGUAUGCUGGCAGAAGUCUUGGUACUUAUUGGCACCAAAGAUAUAGGUAGAAAAACAUAGGUAGAGGUAGAGAUCCUGAAGAGAGAACUUGGGGUGAUACGUAGAAAGCUGAAAAGCAGGACCUCCAGAAUAGUAAUAUUCAGAGUGCUGCCUGUGACAUGCACCACUGAGAUUUAGAAUAAGAUGAAUGCAUGACUGAGGAAUUGAUGUAGCAGGCAGGGUUGCAGAGUUAUUAUCAGCAUCUCUUCUGGGGAAGGUAUGACUUGCAAAAAUGGACUGGGUUAUACCUAAACUUUGGGGGGGGGGGGGCAAGAUCCUUGCAGUAAAUUUGCUAGAACUAGUGGGGAGGGUUUAAACUAAUUUGGCAGGGGGAUGGGAAAGUGAUACGGCUUUUGUUGAUUGGCAGGAGACUAAGCUUGGGAAUAAAGGCAGCCUUUUCUGAUUGGCUGCCAGAGACUAGUGGUGUUCCACAGAGAUCGAUACUGGGACUGGUUUUUACAGUUUGUCAAUUAUUUGAAUGGCGGAAUUGAUGGCUUUGUGGCCAAGUUUGCAAACAAUACCAACAUAGGUGGAAGGGCAGGUAGUGUUGAGGGAAGCAGUUAAGUCUGCAGAAGGACUUAAACAGAUUAGGAGAAUGGGGAAAGAGGUGGCAGAUGGAAUAUAGUAUCAGGAGCUCCAUGGUAAUAUGCUUUGGUAGAAGAAAUUAAAGCAGAGACUAAACAGGAAUAAAAUUCAAAAACUGAAGGUGCAAUGGGACUUCGGAGUUCUCAUGCAGGAUUUCCUAAAGGUUAACUUUGCAGGGCAAGUUGGUGGCAAGGAAGGUAAAUUGCAUAUUAGCAUUCAUUUUGGGAGGACUGAAAUAUGAAAACAAAGAUGUAAUGCUGAUGCUUUAGAUACCUCACUUGGAGUAUUGAGAGCAGAUCUGGGUUUCUUAUCUGAUGUUUUGACAUUGGAGGGGUUUCAAAGGAGGUUCAGAAAAUGAUUCUGGGAAUUAAAGAUUUAUUAUAUGAGGCACGUUUGAUGACUCUGGGUCUUUUCUUGCUGGAACUUAGAAUAAUUGGGGGGGGGAAGGGAUCUCAUUGAAACCCAUCGGAUGUUGAAAGGGUGGAUGUAGAUAAGAGUGGAUGUGGAGAUGUUUCCUAUAGGACCAAUGGGUACAACCUCAGGAUAGCAGGACAUCCAUUUAGGAUGAGGGGAAAUUUCGGGGGAAGGGAUCUCAUUGAAACCCAUCGGAUGUUGAAAGGGUGGAUGUAGAUAAGAGUGGAUGUGGAGAUGUUUCCUAUAGGACCAAUGGGUACAACCUCAGGAUAGCAGGACAUCCAUUUAGGAUGAGGGGAAAUUUCUUUAGGCAAAGAGUGGCGUAUCUGUGGAAUUCAUUGCCGUAGGUGGCUUUGGAGGCCAGGUCACUGAGUGUAUUUAAGAUGGAGGUUGAUAGAUUCUUCAUAAGUCAGGGCACGAAAGGUUAUGGGGAGAAGGUAGGAGAAUUCUGUUGAAGGAGAAACAGACCCGCCACGAUCAAAUGGCAGAGUAUACACGAUGUGCUGAAUAGCCCAAAUAGUCCUAGGAAGAAGCAAAGUGGGGAAGAGAGAAUAUAAGUACUAUUAAAUAUCCACUGCAAGUGGACAGCAUAUGUACUGAUUUGGUUUGACAUGGUCCAAACAAGUUUAGGUUCCCAUUCUUGCUGCCAGUUUAAAAACGGACACUGGAUCAAGUAUACUGUCAACGGAUUAUGGCAUACUGCUGAAAUUCACAGCGAGUACCCAGGGAAAAUACAAACACAGCAAUCUGUUCCCCAAAUUUAAAAAAUUAUUUCCCUCAUUUGUGUACACACCCCAUUUCUGGUACAGAGAUACUGCACAGGCACUAAGGGGAACAAAGCUUAAAAUGCCUAAAAAAUAUACAAUUUGUUUUUAUUGGUUCAUAUCAAAUAUUUAUCUUAAUUACAAUUAAAUACAAAAGAUCUGGAGAGAUAACAUCAAUACUAAAACUAAAUGUUUACCAGUUUAAUUUUAUCAGUUACAGAAAAACAUUUUCAAGUGAGCCUUCUUUCAUCCAUAAACCCAGCAUCAUACAGUUAAUGUGGACAAUGUCAGCACAUUCAAGUACAGGUCGACUGUCACUAAUCCGACUACCUGUAAUCCGGUUCCUUCGAUAAUCCAGCACUGAUUUCAAAUUUUCCAUGCAACUGUAAUUUCAAAUUUCCCAGGCCACCAUACCAAUCUGUUGUGGAUUGUUUUGGUUGCGCUAGAUCUGUUCAUGUGUUGGCACACUCUCAUAAGCACAGACAGGCAAUUCCUGUUUGUUUUCCUGCAUUUAUUAAUAUCAUUUGCAUGAGUCGCGGCUGUCCAUCUCACCCGCAGGGGAGCUGGUGUGCGCUGGGUCGGUCUGCCUUCUCACCUGCCUGCCGGCAGUUGCGUGCUGUCCUCCAGCAUCGCCCAGCCGGCGCACCGUUCUCUUCUGCUGAAUUUAAGCAUAUUAUUAAGCGGAGGAAAAGAAACUAACAAGGAUUCCCUCAGUAACUGCGAGUGAAGAGGGAAGAGCCCAGUGCCGAAUCCCCGGCCACUUGGCAAUUGUGUGAAAUGUGGCUAUCUCUGACUUCUGCUUACCCAGAUGAACUGUUGUGCCAGUUUCACCACCAGUUCCUGAUGCUUCACUCAUUUUUCAAGAUGAAGAUGUUGAUGAUCCUGACAACCCCACACUUGCAGACAUGUAACUUUGCCUGAAGAUAUAUUAAACAUCUCACUUUUGAAGUGGAAGUGCUCAACUGUUCUAUAUAAGUUAAUUCCUGUACAUUUAACUGCACCUUUUAUUUUAUCUGUGCCUGUACAGUAUAUUACUUUAUUAAAAUUUCACUUCCUA